UGCCUAUGGACUUUCCACUGCCACAGCCAAUGUCUCAACAAUACACGAAUCCUUCGAAGACACAAAUGGAAUUUCCAUGAAAGGUGUGAGAAUUUCAGGUCGUCCACUCUACCUUGACAUGCAAGCAACAAUUCCCGUUGAUCUACGUGUCCUUGGUGCGAUGCUUCCAUUUUACCUCGCCCCGUUAGGUAACGCCCACUCUCGAACUCACUAUUACAGUUGGGAAUCGGAUCUCGCUGUUGAAACAGCCCGCUCUCAAAUCUCUGAUCUUAUCGGCGCUUCUCCAAAAGAAAUAAUCUUCACCUCUGGCGCAACCGAAUCCAACAUUGUUUCAAUCAAAGGAGUUAUGCACUUUUACAAGGACAAGAAGCGCCAUGUCAUCACGACACAGACUGAGCACAAGUGUGUUCUCAAUUCAUGUCGACAUAUUCAGCAGGAAGGUUUUGAAAUUACUUAUUUGCCCGUUGGAUCGGAUGGGCUUGUCAAUUUGGAUGAAUUACGGGCUGCUAUUCGGCCAGACAUUGGUUUAAUUUCCGUUAUGGCAGUUAAUAACGAGAUAGGUGUGAUUCAGCCUAUGGAAGAAACUGGUCAACUAUGUAAUGAAUUUAAAAUUCCCUUUCACACGGAUGCUGCUCAAGCAUUGGGAAAGAUUCCAAUUGAUGUGGAGAAAUGGAAUGUUAGUUUGAUGUCAUUGAGUGGGCAUAAAAUUUACAGGCCCAAAGGGAUUGGAGCUUUGUAUUUGAGACGUAGACCUCGAAUUCGAGUUGAACCGUUGAUAAAUGGAGGUGGACAAGAGAAAGGGAUAAGGAGUGGGACUUUGCCUACCCCGUUAAUUGUGGGGUUUGGCUCGGCUUGUGAGAUUGCGAGAAAGGAAAUGGAUUAUGAUCAUAAGAGAAUAACCACAUUGCAAGAUCGAUUGUUGAAUGGAAUUAGGGAGAAAAUUGAUGGGGUGGUGAUAAAUGGUAGUAUGGAGAGAAGAUAUGCGGGGAAUUUGAAUUUGUCAUUUGCUUAUGUUGAGGGAGAGAGUUUGUUGAUGGGUUUGAAGGAGGUGGCAGUGUUGAGUGGGAGUGCUUGUACUAGUGCGAGUUUGGAGCCUUCUUAUGUUUUGAGGGCGUUGGGAGUGGAAGAGGAUAUGGCUCAUACUUCGAUUAGGUUCGGGAUUGGGAGGUUUACUACGGAGGCUGAGGUUGACAGGGCUGUUGACCUUACCGUUAAACAGGUUGAGAAGUUGAGGGAAAUGAGCCCGCUUUAUGAGAUGGUGAAAGAAGGAAUUGACAUAAAGCAGAUACAAUGGGCACAACACUGAGACAGUUUGGGGUGUUGGAUUGUAUGUCAAAUGGAGGAAAGCAGCAUGUGUGAUAGACCAGCAUAACCCCCUUCUCGGGCUUAAUCCAGGAGUUUUGGCUGUAGCCUAAUGGAUAUGGAGAUUGGAGAAGGCAAGAGCAACUGUAUUUCACUAUCUAUUUAUAAAUGUGUGGGCUGGUUUUUAUCUCCAGAUAGUAAAUUGUUGAUUCUGAUACAAUAUGAUCCCAUUAAAUUUGAAAAUGAAUUACUCAAGACACAAUCUGAACCCAAAGUCUGGCAUAUCAGUGUACCAAUUCUUGUUACCAUUAUGUGGCAUAUAAAAAGUUCAAAGUGCCUAAGUUCUAAUGUGCUUUAUAGA